GUGAGCGGCAUCGCUAUCUCAAUGCGAUAGCACGGACUGACGCUGUCGUGGUAGAGACGAGUCUCCACUGACGUGGUAUCGAGUUGGGACUCGUUUGACGGGGACAUGCGCGGAUCUCGGUUUGCGCUUCUGGCUGGUGCCUACACCACGCUCACGUGUGUCCACGCCGAGCAUCACAUGCAGAAAUACAAGGUCGAGAAGCGGCAAGACGGCGACACCUCCAUCCCCUUGAUCAUCUCAAGCUCCUGUCCGGACAUCAUCUACCCAGCGGUCCUAACGCAAGGUGGCACAGGUCCGACAAACACGGGAUGGGCGGCGCAGCCCAACUCCAAUCAGACCCUCUAUGUCUCGGAAGAUUGGCAAGGAAGGGUGUGGGCUCGCACGAACUGCUCGAACAUUGGGUCCGGAUCCUCAUCCUCGUCCUCAACGUCAUCGGGUUCGACCGGCUGCUCGACCGGCGACUGCGGUGGGUUGGUGGCGUGCAAGGGACCAGGAACGCCGCCAGCGACGUUAGCUGAGUUCACGCUGUCCGGCAGUCACCAGCAGACCUUCUAUGACAUCUCGCUCGUGGACGGCUACAACUUGCCUAUGGCCAUCCAGAUACUUCCCAACGAUGUGCAGACGCUGGAGCAGCUAGACCAGAGCACGACGAACCCGAGCUGCGUCGCAUCUCCGAACAACCUUGCCGCGCAGAACUUCAAUCCCUACGCCAAUAAUCAACAGUUCCUAGGCACUUCAUCCUCCUCACCCUUGCCAUUCGAUACCAAGAACACGGCGAACUCUGUAACUAACUGGUGUCCCUGGGAUCUCCAAAUCAAGCCACCCUCAACACCUAGCAACGGCGUCUAUCCCUACCCGGACACGAACAUUGCACGGCCUGCAUUCAACCCAUGCAUCAGCGCCUGCUCCAAGUACAACCAGGAUAACUACUGCUGCCUGGGAGCGUACAACUCCGUGAACAAGUGUCAGCCAGGCUACUAUUCGAAAGCGGCAAAGGGCGUCUGUCCAGAUGCAUAUUCAUACGCUUUUGACGAUCAAACGAGUACUUUCAUAGUGCCGGCCGGCGGUGGCUUUCAGGUUGUAUUCUGUCCCGGCGGCAGAAGCACGAAUAUUAUUGCGAGUAAAGGCUCCACUGCGAUCGAGCAUGGUUCGUCGAACGGCUCACAUUGGGCGCUGGGAAGCGCUGGGAGGCCUUUGAUCGAUGGAACUCUCGUGCGCAUCGCUGUGCUUGCGCUUGCCGGGGCGGUGUUUCUGUAGCCUAGAUACUAG